AUGAAUGCUCAAUAUCCCGUUAAACCCCAGCUGGAAAUUGUAACAUGUGCAAGGCGCGGCACAGAGUUCAAGGUCGAGUUGUGGCCGGAAAAUACCGUCGUGCCCUCCUUAGAUUUCAACUUUCACCUAGUAACGUUUAUUGCUGAUUCGUACACGGGAACGUUCUUUCCUCGUACGCCCAGGUUAACUUCCAUUCUCCUGAAAGCGAAAGUUUCCCCAACUGCGAUUACAGCGCUGCCGCCCCGGUUCAUCAAUGACUUACCCGUGGAAUUACUCCACGAAAUAUUCCUUUGGGCGAUUCAGGACGAUUCUGCCAUUGCUGCGCGCGUCAUCCAGUCCCUGUGGACGCUCAGCUAUGUUUAUCAUCAGUGGAGGCACAUUGCGACUUCCUUCCCAUAUCUAUGGUCGACUGUACAUGUAGGGUCGACGCGACAGUCGCUGCGUCAUUCUUUCUCUAUCAGUAAUAUCGAGGGACUCAGCACCGUGCUCCGGUGGUCUGGAACCACAGCCCUAAUGCGCAGGGUGGAGUUUACGGAUCACGAACUUGCAGGUAGUUAUACACACGUACGCGACUUGCUCAAAACUCGAGUGUCGGAUCGCGUCGCUGGAAAUCCAUAA